AGAGUCCUCCGGUUUAUUUUAACGGUCCGCACACGGUCACUCUGUUUGCUACCCGGUAAAAUGAGUUUUGCGCUGCGUUAAAUAAAAAAUAAACAUAAAAAUUCGCAAUUGCCGAUCGCGUUGAGUGUUUAAAAGCGUCCGCCAGUGCCUGUUUUAGCAUUUGAGCUUCCCAGGAAUACGGUGGCAAGUGAAUCUCCCUCAUCAUCGAUUUUUUCUGCGCUGCUGUUGCUGCCACAUUAUCGAAGCCCAGGGAAAAGCGAAAAUAAACAGAAAUGUCGCGCCAUCCAAGCGAUAGGAAGGUGUACGUGGGCGAUCUGGGCAACAAUGCCCGGAAAAACGAUCUGGAGUAUGUGUUUGGGGCGUACGGUAGUCUGCGCAGCGUUUGGAUCGCCCGCAACCCGCCGGGCUUUGCUUUCGUGGAGUUCGAGAGUGCCCGCGAUGCGGCUGAUGCUGUGCGGGGACUGGACGGACGGACGGUUUGCGGACGCCGUGCCCGAGUAGAACUGUCAACUGGAAAGUACGCCAGAUCCGGUGGAGGUGGUGGUGGAGGAGGUGGAGGCGGAGGACCUGGAGGACGCGACCGAGGCGGUGGCGGAGGAGGUCGUGGAGAUGAUAAGUGUUACGAAUGUGGGGGACGCGGGCAUUUCGCACGACACUGCCGCGAACGGAAGGCUAGGCAGCGACGCAGAAGCAACUCAUUCAGCAGAUCGCGUAGCACAUCCCGUCGCAGGCGCACUCGCUCCAAGUCCGGCACCCGUUCCCGCAGCCGUUCUGCCGGCUCGGUUGGUCGCCGCUCCGGCCGGUCGAACGGACGGGACGAGAACGGAUCGGCGUCGCGGUACAGCGACCACGAACGCAACGGCAGCGGGGCGGUAGACUCCCCACCGCCGCCAAAGCGGCGCUAUGACGACGACGACGAAGAAAGGGCCAGGGGAUCGCCGCGGUCUCGUUCCCGUUCCCGAUCUCGAUCGGCGUCGCCGGCGGUGCGCCGAGGAUCGCCGCCCAGGCGCCGCGGCGACUCAUCUGCCUCGAGGUCCGUCUCCAGGGACUAGCGACAGCGAACGGAUGCAGACAAAGCCCGGCGUGCAAAAACGGGGGCCUGAGCUGCAACACCCCCAAGGAAUCCGGCGAAGUGGGGUCACCACACACUCUGGACUCUUCCCCUCAUUCCCAAAAAAAAACCUCAUGUGUAACAAGACAGAUUCCCAAAUACUUUUUCAUGCAGUAUCCAUCUACGGUUUAGUUGUCCAGAACCAUAUUAGUUAAGGGUUUUAAUUUAUAGUGGAACGCGAGUAUGCAUAUUAAGGUAUUCUUAUGUUCCAACACAACAACAACACAUCCAGAACAAGGGCUUCGGAGAAUCAUUUGACGGAAAGAAAGUUAAGAUAUAGAUAUGGAUCGGCAGCCGCAGAAUAUCGAUCUAGUCAAGUUUGCUAUGUAAAUUGAUUUGCCUUUGGAUUUUUUUUGCUAGCCCUGGAAUUAUACUCGAGUGAAGACGAAGCACCGCCUCCAUUUUCAUGUCAAUUUCUACAAAUUUUUUCAAACUUAUACUACUCAAUACACUUGAUUACUCGACUCCAAACCUUUGUAUGAUGUGUUUCAAUAUUCGUAAUUAUUAAGUCUUGCAAAAGUGCGUAACAAUUAUUCAUACAUUGAUGUCGUAGUUAAGUAUUAAAGAAAUACAUAUGUAUGAAUUCUUGAGAUGUGUGUUUGAAUUAUAUAGCAAAUGCGCUGAACACUAAAAUACACAAAUAUUCAAUCAAUAAAUUAAAUGCCAAAAGUG